AUGUAUCAUCUCGCCAAAUCACUGUAUUUCUACGCCACCAGCAAAGAGGAGUUCUCCGUGCUUCUUCUCGGCCUAGAUAAUGCCGGCAAAACAACGCUUCUCAACCAGAUCAAGGCCCUCUACCUGCCUUCGAGCCCCCUACACCACGACGACGCGCGCAAGUCGGACGUCGGCCGCACUGUGCCUACCGUCGGGCAAAAUGUGGCAACCAUUCCCUUACAAGACAUGUACCUGAAAAUAUGGGACGUUGGCGGCCAAAUUUCCAUGCGUGGCCUGUGGCAGAGCUAUUACGCUAGCUGUCAUGCCGUCAUAUUUGUCGUUGAUAGCACCGACGUCGGCGACGACGCAGACGUAUCGCGCUUGAGUUCCUCUAGCGUUAUGGACUCGGAACCACCUACUACAUCACGGCUAAUUCCCCAGCCUGAGGAUUCGGCUCAUCUCUCGCUAAAGCCCAUAGACCCGUCAAGCAAUUUCGGCAGGCUGGACGAGUGUCGGCAGGUGCUUGAGUCAGUUCUUCGCCAUUCCGACGCUGUUGGUGUCCCUGUUCUAGUGUUAGCGAAUAAGCAGGACCGUGAAGAUUGUGUUGAAGUAGUCCGCAUCAAAGAAGGGUUUGUGCGCAAAGUAAUAGAAGGUGAGGAAGGUGGUGGUGUUCGGGACAGUCGAGUAUUACCCGUUAGUGCUCUCAUGGGCACUGGCGUUCGAGAAGCUGUGGAAUGGGUCCGUAGCCGCGUGACAUGGAAUAAAGAGACGAGGCCUCCGAUAUUAAGAUAA